CAGGUGCCGUAACUAGAAAUGAUUAGAUAGAACGCAACCUUAACAUGCGCUGCCACUUCUUCUCGAUUGACGUUGCUGUUGAAGAACAUUGAGCCUGUAAAGGUUCUCAAGCGCUGCCAGUGCUCUAUCACCUUCUAACAGAUAUCCAAUCCCUUUCUGUGAUUCACUGUCAUUACUAGCUUCUCGGCGUUUCAAUAAGCAUUAAACAAUCCUCACUGAACUCCGACAUAAAGCGUCAUGGAUUCCGCCUCCUUCACCGACAUCCUGCAUUCAAGGCUUGGCCCACGAGCCAACAACGAUGUAUCAUCCUUUCUGUCAUCCUCGCUCUCUUCCUUGAAGGAUCCCACCAUUUUCACUGUGCUAGCCCUCUUUCUAGUGUACGCGUUUUGGUCGUCCCGAGAAAGAUUAAGCUCAAAGGAGAAGAACGCCCAGAAGGCAUACGGCUACAGAAGGACGUUGGCGGAGGGGGAGACGCGAGACAUUGCUCGGAAGAUCGCAGAUGCAGAUAAAAACUGUGUUAUCCUCUUUGGAACACAAACCGGAAUUGCCGAGGACAUCGCUGCUCGAUUGGCCAAGGAAGGCCACUCCAGAUUUGGUCUCAAGACGAUGGUCGGCAACCUGGAAGACUACGACUACGAAACCCUCAAUCAGAUCCCUGUCGACAAGGUCGUCAUGUUCAUCCUCUCGACAUUUGGCGAAGGAGAGCCAACAGACAACGCACAAGACUUUUAUCGAUACAUUACUGCCGAUAACCUGAAUUUCGAGGACGGUUCUUCAAGCUUACCAAAUUUAAGCUUCCUCUCUUUUGGCCUGGGUAAUUCCACGUACGAGCACUUUAACGCUGUUUCUUCCAAGGUCGAUGUCACUCUGGAGCGUCUAGGUGGUCACCGUAUCUGUCCGGCUGGCCGAGGCGAUGAUGGAGAGAAAACCACCGAAGAGGACUUCCUUGCCUGGAAGGAAACAAUGUGGGCAGCAUUGGCAAAACAUAUGAAUCUCGAAGAGAAAAAGGUCAUUUAUGAGCCGGUGUUCACUAUCAUAGACCGCCACGACCUCAAUAAGGACGAUCCAAAGGUCUACCUCGGGGAGCCGAAUCAGUUACAUCUACAAGGCAUUCUGCAGGCCCCUUUCAACGCACAUAAUCCCUUCCUGGCCCCUAUCACUGCCUCUCAUCAGCUCUUCAAAGCGAGGGACCGAAAUUGUAUUCACGUGGAGUUCGACCUGGGAGACUCAGGUCUCACAUACGAAACGGGUGAUCACGUCUCUCUGAUGCCAACUAACUCCAAGACAGAAGUGGACAGAUUCCUGGAAAUGUUUGGGUUGACCGCAAAGCGUGAUACCGUGAUCGACAUCAAACCCCUCGAGAGGACUGCCAAAGUUUCUUUCCCUGUGCCGACGACUUACGACACCAUCGUGCGGCACAAGCUGGAAAUCGGAGCUCCAGUGUCACGUCAAUUCAUUCAACAACUGAGCGAGUACGCACCGUCCCCAGAAGCCAAAAAAGAAAUGGAAAAGCUCGGAACAGACAAAGAUUAUUUCCACAGCUAUGUUACUCAGCGGCAGCUGAAUCUUGCGCAGACAUUGCAGACCGUGAGUGGAGGCGCGGCUUGGAAGAUGGUGCCGUUUACCAUGCUGGUUGAAGGCCUUUUGACUUUGCAGCCACGCCUUUAUUCAAUAUCGUCUUCUCCCGUCGUCACAAGCAAUCGCUUCACCAUUACCACGAAGGUCGAGACCCACGCUAUUUUGGAUACUGAAUUUACCUUUAACGGCGUGGCAACCAAGCAUCUUCUUGCGCUGCAGCAGAUUCUAAGCGACGAGCGAAGCCCUGAGGUAGAGUAUACUGGUCUCUUUCCCAACCAGCUUAUUCGCAACUCUCGCCAGGGACUUCGAGUCCCAGCAUACAUCCGCCCGUCAUCAUUCAGGUUGCCAAACGAUCCAAAAGUCCCAGUGAUUAUGGUGGGCCCCGGGACUGGGGUCGCGCCCUUCAGGGCUUUUAUGCAAGAGCGUGCUGCUCAACACAAGGCGGGGAAGGAUGUCGGAGUAUCCAUGCUGUUUUACGGUUGCCGCAACAAAGAUGACUUCAUCUAUGAGAAAGACUGGGAGGAAUUUGGGAGAGUACUUGGUGAUAAGUUCAAGAUGAUCACUGCGUUCUCUCGCGUCGACACAGGCAGCAAGGUGUAUGUCCAAGACAAGAUACGACACCGUGCAGCAGAGAUUGAUGCCUUGCUGCGAACCGGCGCAGCUUUUUACAUCUGUGGUGAUGCCACAAUGGCCAAAGACGUCAGCAAUCUUCUAGAAGGUAUAAUCGCCGAGCAACGAGGUUUGUUGCUUGUAGAAGCCUGCUCCAUAGUGAAGGAGAUGAGAUCGGCGAACAAGUUGCAAGAAGACGCUUGGUCGUAGCUCGGUGGAAUACCUCACUAUGUUCUCUUGCAUAAAUUCUAGACAACGUUGAAGGCAUAGUUCUAUACAUUUAGACCAGAUGAACGGAGCUACUUGAGAGUGCUUCGGUGCUGGGCCCGUGAUUUUCGAUAUUUAAAGCAGAAGUACCCUUCUACGGAGCGAUAUCAAGAAUCUAGCUGUGGUAUCAGAAUGGUAUAAGGGCUCAAAACAUCAAACCAGCAACUGUCUCC